AAUAAAAGUUGAAGAGUGAAAGAGAGAUGAUUUAGCAUAGGAAACUAGACAGUUAGCAGCAUGGAACAAAAUUUGCCCCCAGCAACAAAGCUGGAAUACUUUGACAACAUGUCUAAGCUUCAUACUACUGCUACCCUUCUUUCUUCCUUUCGGGGGGAAGAUGGUAGAGAUGUGAUUAUUCUGGACUCAUCAAUUUUUCAUCCGCAAGGUGGAGGUCAACCCGCAGACACUGGUUUUAUUUCCCGUUCGAACCUCAAAUUUGUUGUCCAAGAUGUUAGAUCCAAGGAUCAGAUUGUUUUUCACUUUGGAUUUUUUGAAAAUUCUGGAGAUGGGGUAUCAAAUUUGAAGCUUGAGAAAGGUGCUGAAGUUUCGUUAUCUGUGGAUGAGCAAAGGCGCAUGCUCAACACUCGGCUGCACUCGGCUGGACAUCUGCUGGAUGUGUGUAUUGCAAACAUUGGAUGGGGUCACUUAAAGCCGACCAAAGGCUACCAUUUCCCAGAUGGGCCAUUUGUGGAGUAUCAAGGCACAGUUUCACAGAAUGAACUGCAAAUUAAGCAAAAGGAGCUGGAAGCAGAAGCUAAUAAUCUGAUUUCUAAGGGGGAUAAAGUUUCUGUUUCAACUUUUCCAUACGAAGAAGCCCGCCAACUGUGUGGUGGCAGUAUCCCUGAUUACAUACCCAAAGGAAGCACUCCUCGGAUUGUGAAGUUUGGAGAAAACCCUGGAUGCCCUUGUGGGGGCACACAUGUUUCAGAUGUCUCCGAGAUCAAGAGUUUGAAGGUUUCUCAAAUUCGGACUAAGAAAGGAAUGACUAAAGUAUUUUACAACAUUCCUUUCUAACGGUAAAUCACAGUGUCUGAAGAUGGUAAUAUUGUAUUGCAUAGUGGCAUGGAAGCUCAGUAGUGUGGUAGCUUUAUGAAUUAGGUAUGCAAUAUUGUAAAUUUGUAAUACAUUAUUUUAAAGAUAGAUUCUCCCUUCUGAACA